UAGAGGUAGGCGGAGUGACUGGUCAUACAAUCCAUCACAGAUAUGAGGCGUUCCUAUAGUUGAGUCUGAUGUCUAGCUUCCAGCUUUUCAUGUGCCUCCAGAAUAACCUGACGAUAUUUAUUUCUAUUUCUCUGUUCGCAGGUAAAAGUGAGGGCUUCGAUUUCCGCAGAUGGAUCAUAACAGUACAUCAGCCAUGGAGACCAAAGGAGGGCUCUACAUGUGCCCAGUGUGCUCUGAUUAUUUUCUACCUCCAAUAUUGCAGUGUCAUAAUGGACACCGGAUUUGCACCGAAUGUCGUCCCAAGUUGACUCACUGUCCAAUGUGCACGGCAGCUUUGGGAAACAUUCGGAACUUGGCAAUGGAGAAAACUCCAAACACUCUUAAGCUCCCAUGCAACUAUUCAAUAUUUUGCCGCGCAGUAGCCCUUCUAGGCAUUAAGAGGAAGGAACAUGAAGAAGGGUGUGAAUAUCGGCCAUACUCCUGUCCGUGCUGGGGGGCCUGUUGCAAGUGGCAAGGUUCCCUUAAGCAGGUGAUGCCUCACCUUAUGAUGUCUCAUGAAUCAAUCACAACUCUUCAAGGAGAGGAUGUUGUAUUUCUAGCAAAACACACCAAUCUGACAGAAGAUAGGAGCUGGGUCAUGAUGCAGUCAUGCUUUGGCCACCAUUUUAGGUUGCUACUUGAGAAACGAGUGAAGUGGUAUGUAUGUGAACAUUACUUUGCUAUAGUACAACUGAUUGGGACAAGGAAACAGACUAAAAAAUUUGCAUAUAAGUUAGAACUGAAUGGCCACGGAAGACGUUUGACACUGGAAGAAACACCAAAAUCCAUCCAUGAACAAGUCACCAUAAUAAUCCUGAACUCGGACUGUCUUCAAUUUGACGGCUACACUGCCCGACUUUUUGCAGAUGAUGGCAUCCUGCGCAUCCAUGUGUCAAUUUGUAUGGUCUGAGACUGGCAUACUUUGGAGCUGAUGAUCACUGCCAGCGUAUUAAUAGUAUCGCCUACUGGUACACAGUACGCAACAUGAGUCUUAUUUUUUGAUAUUUUUGUACGUGUAUAUUUAUGGAAGGUAUGCCCACGGGUUCUGAUAUCAAGCAAACAGUUAUAGCAUUGCACAGACAAGAGAAGGUGAUCAGUUGGCGAUUGAGGUAGCAUAUUUUUGCAGAUACUGUAGUUCACCAAUUGUAAAUAUACAGUGACACAAGAAUACAGAAUUAAUUUCUAUCAGUAUGUACAUAUACCUGAAUCUAUAUAUCUACAUAUCUAUAUGUAUAUCUAUGGCUAUUAACAGUGUUUACAGAGAGUUGAAAUAAUGAAAGAACUGCAUGUAAAUUUACUGUGUUUAAAUCUUUACAGGAAGACAUUAUUUUGUACCACAUUUAAAAUUCAGCACUACUAAAACACUAAAUAACAUUGUUGAGUUUCUUUUUGCAGAUGUAAUUACAGUUGCUAAAUUAAUGCAUUUGUUGCAGCUCUUCGUAAGUUAUGAAAGUCGCCAUUAAAAGCAGUGGUUUAUUUGUGAUGGUAGCAAAAUCUGUAAAAGUGAAUAUGACUCACUGUUUGGUGUGAGAGCAAUGGAAAUGUUCUUCUUUAGACUGAAUAUAAAACUUUUGAAGU